CUCCGGUCUUUCUUUCUCUCUCUCUCUCUCUCUCUCUCUCUGACAUCUGCUCUCAUCUUCCGGCUCCAUUUUCAUCAAAGUGUCUGAAGAAGCUUUGAGGGAGAGAAGGAAGGAAGGAUGGAUGCGGAGAGGAGAGUUGGGGUGGCGGUGGACUUCUCGGCCUGCAGUAGGAAGGCGCUCAAGUGGGCUGUGGACAACGUCGCCCGCCGCGGUGACCACCUCAUCCUCAUCACCGUCCGCCCCGAAGGCAACUACGAGUCUGGCGAGAUGCAGCUCUGGGAGACCACCGGCUCUCCUUUUAUCCCUCUGAGCGAGUUUUCUGAUCCUGUUGUAAUGAAGAAAUAUGGAGUGAAGCCCGAUCCUGAGACCCUUGACAUUGUGAACACUGCAGCUGCCCAGAAAGAGAUUGUGGUGCUCCUGAGAAUCUACUGGGGAGACGCACGAGAGAAGAUAUGCGAAGCCAUUGACAAGAUCCCUCUGAGCUGCCUUGUUAUUGGUAACCGUGGCCUUGGCAAGCUUAAAAGGGCAAUACUUGGGAGUGUGAGCAACUAUGUGGUGAACAAUGGGUCUUGCCCUGUUACAGUGGUGAAGAGCUCCGACCAUGAAUAAAUAAAUCCGUCUUUUUCGCUCUGUUCUGUCUUCUGAUCGUAAAAUAAGAACUCAGCCCCCGUCUUGUUUUUGAGGAAUCAACUUGCUAUCUGUCUUGUAAUCUUCUCUGUUAAUUUGGUGGAUUUUCAUGUACUGCAGUGUAAAUUUUCAUCUGAGU